AAAAUAGGUGUGGCCUCUCAGACAGGUGUGUUCGACGUGCAAAUCGACUGCAGUAGCCAGCAUCGGAAAAUUAGUCCCCAAACACAUAACACAAGCAGAAAAAACUGGAAUAGCCUGUUUAUAAUCGGCUCAUGUAAUCAGAGAGAUGUCAAACUGGGGGUUUCUGGAGAACGUCCUGAGUGGGGUGAACAAGUACUCCACAGUCAUCGGCCGCAUCUGGCUCUCCAUCGUCUUCAUCUUCCGCAUCCUGGUGUACGUGGCGGCUGCUGAGCAGGUCUGGAAAGACGAGCACAAUGACUUUGUCUGCAACACCCAGCAGCCUGGCUGUGAGAACGUGUGCUUCGACCACUUCUUCCCCAUCUCCCAGAUCCGCCUGUGGGCCCUCCAGCUCAUCAUGGUGUCCACUCCAUCCCUGUUGGUGGCUCUACACGUGGCCUACCGUGAGAACAGGGAGAGCAGGCAUGGCAAGAAGCUGUAUGAAGACAAAGGUAGGAUUGAUGGAGGUCUGCUCUGCACCUAUAUCCUCAGCCUCGUCUUCAAGACUACCUUCGAGGUAGGCUCCCUCCUGGCCUUCUACUUCCUCUACAGUGGCUUUGACGUUCCCAGACUGCUUCGCUGCAGCCUGGACCCUUGCCCUAACACCGUAGACUGCUACAUCUCCAAAGCCACUGAGAAGAUGGUCUUCCUCUACAUCAUGGGCUGUACGUCCAUAUUGUGUAUUGUACUGAAUGUCUCGGAGAUGGUAUACAUCCUAUCUAAACAGUGCUGGAAGUGUUUUAGCAAGCGGUAUAUCCCCAUUGAAGAGAGAGCUCACUGGCAUUGUAAUCACACGGUCCCAAUCAGCAACAGUUCCUCAACCCUUCAUCCCACACCUAACAAAGAUACAAUGGGCUCACAAGAUCCAACAACAAAGGGAAACCAACCCUUUCCCUCUUAAAUGGCAUUAAAUUACCUAAUAAUUUAUUGUGAUCAGAAUUCAGGACUUCUUUUAACUUAAAUGAUUUCAGAAACUAUGUAGAACUUGAAGUUAUUCACCUUGAACUUUUUUGUUGUGCACUUUAUAGAUUUUCAGAUAUGAGAACAGAAAAACAGUACAACCCCAUCCCCCCAUUCAUCCGCCCCUCCACACCUCCCUCCCGCCACCCACCCACAAAGCACCUUUAACCUUUUAACAGAUACUGUUACUUUUAGCAUUAUGAUCGUAUUUAAGGCCUUUAUGUCUCAAAACUGUCUGCUAAUUGAAUCUAGUAUAAUUUAUAUAAUCACCUUCGGUAUUAUGAUUCAUUACCCAGAAAUCUAAUGAAAAUGGUAGGCCAUAUAUGCUUAUAGAAAAUAAACAUGUAGGCUAUUUUUAACUUUACUUAGGCUAUUUGUAUAGUGCUGCUCGUCGGCAAUCAACUCUCCAAAUAAUCCAUCGGGAUAGGCUACAUAAUAGGUGGCCUCUGACAGGUGUUUGACAUGCAAAUCGACUGCAGUAGGAUCAUUUCAUAAAGUUACUGCCUUUUGCAUCCCUUUGAUGUUUUUAGUAGAAAUUGUGCAGACAUUUAAAAGCCUGUUAUAUCAAAUGAAGUGCUCUUUAAUAUAGACAAUAUGGAAAUUACAAUCAAUUGGAUUUUUAAUAUGAAAAACACUUUUGACAUGUCCCUCUGUGCACCCUCUGCAACUCCUAGGAACAUUUUAACCCACAUUUCUCAAAUAUUUCACCAUUAUUGUAAAGCCCUAGUCAUUGCAUUACUUUGACAGUCAUUUCAGACUUUGGUAUUAUGAUUAACAAAGAAUUUAAAACAAUUCAAGCUUUACAUCUCUACGUUCAGUGCUGGACUGCAUUCAUAUAUAGACCAUGCCUUUUUCCCUACUGACAUCACAGCAUUCAUUUUGUGUUCAUGUCAUGGUCCCCAGUGGAGCCCAUUUAUGUAAAUAUGACCGUCAGUGUAAUUCUAAUCUAUAAAUUGGCAGAUUCAUUCCAUUGCUUUCAUUUUACAUGGGAGAGAGAGUGUGUGUGCUAGCCUUAAGAUGUUUAUCACAUCAAUAUAAAAUGUUGAAUUUCAGGUCAUGCAGAACUCUGAUCUUUCUAGAUUAAUGAAGAGAAAUCCAUACAACUUGAUUUCAACAAUUGAGAGUUUAGUGAUCUUGUUGUAUCACAAAUCUGUUAAAAGGCAUUACUUUUUUACAACAAGCACUUAACUGACCCCUUUCUGAUUGUAGGAGCUCCAGCAUUCUUCCGUGUGUAAUGUAUCUCUUGUACUUAAAAAAAAAAAAAAGUUAGACAAUUCUACCAAUUUCUCUCAAUCAUUUUCCUCUGGGGGGAAUAUAAAUUGGGGCAGCAGGUAGCCUAGUGGUUAGAGCAUUGGGCCAGUAACCGAAAGGUUGCAGAGCUGACAUCUGUUAUU